UCAUUAUAGACCGACGCGACAUCGGCGCCCGGACCCGGUUCUCGGCGGCAGCCUUGGGGACCGAGCUCCUCUAACCGCAUCCGCAUAGGCGUCCUGGAAGCUCUGAGGACCCAGGGAGGGGAGGACCCCGCGAAGGCUGCAACGAUCCCUCGGGGCCAUGGACUCGGACGCCAGUCUGGUGUCUAGCCGGCCGUCGUCGCCGGAGCCCGAUGACCUUUUCCUGCCGGCCAGAAGCAAGGGCAGCGGGGGCGGCGCCUUCACGGGGGGCACCGUGUCGUCGUCCACGCCGAGCGACUGCCCGCCGGAUCUGAGCGCCGAGCUGCGCGGCGCCAUGGGCGCGGCGGGCGCGCACCCGGGGGACAAGCUUGGCGGCGGCGGUGGCGGCUUCAAGUCCUCCUCGUCCAGCACCUCUUCGUCCACGUCGUCGGCGGCCGCGUCGUCCACCAAGAAGGACAAGAAACAGAUGACGGAGCCCGAGCUGCAGCAGCUGCGCCUCAAGAUCAACAGCCGCGAACGCAAGCGGAUGCACGACCUCAACAUCGCCAUGGACGGGCUGCGCGAGGUCAUGCCUUACGCGCACGGCCCGUCGGUGCGCAAGCUCUCCAAGAUCGCCACGCUGCUGCUGGCGCGCAACUACAUCCUCAUGCUCACCAACUCGCUGGAGGAGAUGAAGCGACUGGUGAGCGAGAUCUACGGAGGCCACCACGCCGGCUUCCACCCGUCGGCCUGCGGCGGCCUGGCGCACUCAGCGCCCCUGCCCGCAGCCACGGCUCAUCCGGCGGCCGCGGCGCACGCGGCACACCACCCGGCCGUGCAUCAUCCCAUUCUGCCUCCGGCCGCCGCGGCUGCCGCGGCCGCCGCGGCCGCCGCCGCGGUGUCCAGCGCCUCCCUGCCCGGCUCCGGGCUGUCGUCGGUCGGCUCCAUCCGGCCCCCUCACGGCCUGCUCAAGUCUCCGGCGGCGGCGGCGGCGGCGGCCCCGCUUGGGGGCGGCGGCGGCGGCGGCGCGGGCACUGGCGGCUUCCAGCACUGGGGCGGCAUGCCUUGCCCCUGCAGCAUGUGCCAGGUGCCCCCGCCGCACCACCACGUGUCGGCCAUGGGCGCCGGCAGCCUGCCACGCCUCACCUCCGACGCCAAGUGA